UGUCGCUGUUACUGAGAUGUUCUCCUUCCUGACGGAGCAGAUUUCAACAGGAGGCUCGCACCGUGCGCUGCCGUGAUUCAGCCGCCAUUUCUAAUCAUUUCACUAAAUCAUUUAACCGUAAAGUUUUGAGAAUUUGUCGGUGGACACUUGAGUCCGAUGGCGCAGUGGACUAUACUUUUGUUCUCUUUGUACGGAGUUCUGCAUGGAGAAGAGAUUCAGCCUCCUACUAUAGAAAAGUGCUGUCAGGACGGGAGGGAUCGCGCCCUGGGAGGACAUGACUGUACAAUCCUCCCCCUCAUCUCGUCCUCCCACAACUGCAGGAUCGCCCAGGAGCAGUGCUGUGCAGCAGCAGUACUAGACAAGCUCUGUGACAAUGGAAUCAAACUGGCUCACAGUCAAGGGGCCUGUGAGAGGCCCUUUUUCCAAGGAGACCCCUGGGAAACUGAAAUCUCGAAGAUGUGUUGUGACUGCUGUAUGCUCGGCCUGAUGGCAGUGGGCCGGGGUUCGAGCUGCGAGCUGCAGGGCCUGUUGCUGGGGAGACAGUGUGCACACACAGCUGAAACCUGCUGUGGCAAAAACACAACAGCGGACGUCAAACGAAAUGUUGAGGUUCCAGCGACAGCCAAGCCUAAAGCCAGCAUUACUACCAAGCCUCCAGAGACACUGGACUCCUGUAAAGACUCCAAUUGCUCCCAGCUGUGUGUAGGUAACGGAUCAUGUGCCUGCCACGAUGGUUAUCAACUGCAAAAGGAUGGAGUGAAUUGUGAAGAUGUUAAUGAGUGUGUGACGGGAGGCCACAACUGCAUCUUCGGCCAGUUUUGCAUCAACACAGAGGGCUCCUUUCGCUGUCAGAGGGAAACCAGCUGUGGUACAGGGUAUGAUCUCAAAGAAAACAACAGUUGCCAAGACAUUGAUGAGUGUGCAUUGGGGAUCCAUAACUGUGGACCAGACUUUUCAUGUACAAACACAGCCGGCUCGUUCCGCUGCCACCCAAAGGACAGGUGCACUGACGGUUACAUACAGGACGCCGCCGGCAGCUGUAUCGAUUUAAAUGAGUGUGUGGCCAACAGCAGCCCAUGCCUGCCUGGCCACACUUGUAUCAACACAAUAGGCUCGUACACCUGUCGCAGGAACACAGUCACCUGUGGACGAGGCUAUCACCUGACCGAGGACGGCACACGCUGUGAAGAUGUAGAUGAGUGUCGCACAGGUAAUGUGUGUGGUGAGCACGGCUGUGUGAACUUCGUGGGAUCGUACCGCUGUGAGUGCAGAAUCGGCUUCAUCUUCAACAGCAUCACCAAACUGUGUGAAGAUAUCAAUGAGUGCAGGCAUUAUCCCGGACGGCUCUGCGCCCACAAGUGUGAGAACACAGAGGGGUCCUACCAGUGCAGCUGCACCACUGGCUUCAAACUGUCCCAUGAUGGCAGAAACUGUGAUGAUGUGAACGAGUGUGAGGCCAACCCUUGCAGCCAGGAAUGUGCCAAUGUCUUUGGCUCCUAUCAGUGCUACUGUCGCCGUGGUUACCAGCUGAGUGACAUCGACGGGAUAACGUGCGAAGAUAUUGAUGAGUGUGCUCUGCCUGCUGGAGGUCAUGUGUGUUCCUAUCGCUGCUCCAACGCCCCAGGAAGUUUCUACUGCACCUGCCCUCCCACUGGCUACACACUCACCCCCAACGGACGCACAUGUCAAGACAUUGAUGAAUGUGCAGCAGGGAGCCACACCUGUUCUGUCUCUGAGAGCUGCGUCAACGUCCAGGGAGGGUUUCGCUGCUUGUCCUUCCAGUGUCCUCCAAACUUCCGACAAGCAGCACAGGGAUCCAGACCUGAUGUCUCAGCUGGUUUGCGUUGUAUUAAGGCCUGCCAACCUAACGACAUCGGCUGUGCUCUGGACCCCGUCCACCUCAUCACCCACACCGUCCUCUCUCUGCCAACCUUCAGACCUUCAGACUUCGUUGGACCAGAGGAAAUAGUUUUCCUGCGGACAACUGUGGCGGCUAACCCCGCUCUUCUCCCUGGCGCAACCGAUGUUCUCUUUGAAAUCGUGGCUGCAAAUGAGCAGUUCUCCUUUGACGUGGUGAAGCGCUCCCACCAGGGCUUGAUUAUGGGUGUUGUUCAGCAGGUGAAACCUAUCAUUGGCCCCAGGGAUCUUGUGUUGGAGGUGUCUAUGAAUUAUGUCAAGUCAGGGGUCAUUUCCCAUCGCAACGUUGUCAUGAUCCACGUCUUUAUCUCUGAGUUCUGGUUCUGAGCUGAGGUAGGAAGGCGAUGAAAAUACUGCAUUAGCAAUACAACACAUGACUUGGCAACUAUUAUUUAAGUAUAGGUUUGAAUAUUUGGAGAUGCCAUGUUUAUUGUGCUGUACAUUUAACAAAAAAGCCUCAAGGGUUAAUGAAGUUGCUUGCAGGAUUUCAAGCGCAGAUGCACCGAAUCAAGUUAACAGCGACAGUUUCCAUCCCAUCCGGGUCAUUAGUUUACAACAGGUAUUUGUCAUUUCAACAGAUUAAUUCAUACAGAUUAAAAAAGAAGACAUACUCAAAAGAUAGUAUCACAAAAAAAAAAAAAAAAAUGUCAACCUGCUGGUGGUGCUAGAGGAAAAGUCAGGGCGAUUCAUCCUCUGAGGCACAGGCAACAGCUGUUGAGAAAUUUCAGUGUGGACCAAAGUAAUGGUUCAAUCGAACAUUGCCGUCCAUAGAACCACAUUGCCAGCAUGGUUAAAAAGUUAUUUUUCAAGCAGGAAAACAGACAAAUUUCUCAAAUGAUACCUCUAACCCAGAAAUGUUGAACAUUACAUGCCUUUUAUAAGAGUGGAAUUAAAUAGAGUCAUAGAUUAACAAGGCAAUAGCCAGCUCUCAUCUUUUCUUAACCACUGUGUUCUGUGUUUAAUUUGAAUUCAGACUUUGUUGUCGUAAGUGCCACUAUGAUAGACUAGAGCUGUUUGAUGUUUGCUCCAUUUCAUCUGUUUUGACACGCCAGAUGUAACAUGCUUCAUUUGAAAAUAAAAUGAUUCGUCCAUGGA